AGGCCCUGACGUCCGUCCGGGAGAAGCGUCAAUAAAGGGUCAGGUACUGGCGGCAAACAACGCAAGGCAGAGGGCGUAGCGGGAGCCCAUCGACCGCCUCGCCUUUGGACGCCCCACGAGGCCCUCUGGGAAAUGUUCCGAGCGCUGGCCAGGGCCAGUGUGGCCCUGGGGCCACAGGCGGCAGGUUGGGUGCGGACCAUGGCCUCCCAGCAGCUGCUGGUGGCCCCCCCAAAGGCCCUGCUCAAGCCCCUGUCCAUCCCGAACCGGCUUCUGCUGGGGCCCGGCCCUUCCAACCUGGCCCCGCGCAUCCUGGCGGCCGGAGGGCUGCAGAUGAUCGGGCACAUGCACAAGGAGAUGUUCCAGAUCAUGGAUGAGAUCAAGGAAGGCAUCCAGUACGUGUUCCAGACCAAGAACCCCCUGACCCUGGCCGUCAGCGGCUCGGGACACUGCGCCCUGGAGGCCGCCCUGUUCAACCUCCUGGAGCCGGGCGACUCCUUCCUGGUCGGGGCCAACGGCAUCUGGGGGCAGCGGGCCGCGGACAUCGGGGAGCGCAUCGGAGCCCGGGUGCACUCGAUGGUCAAGGACCCUGGAGGCUACUACACGCUGCAGGACGUGGAAGAGGGCCUGGCCCAGCACAAGCCGGUGCUGCUGUUCCUGACGCAGGGGGAGUCAUCGAGCGGCGUGCUGCAGCCCCUGGACGGCUACGGGGACCUCUGCCACAGGUACAAGUGCCUGCUCCUGGUGGACACCGUGGCAUCCCUGGGCGGGGUCCCCAUCUACAUGGACCAGCAAGGCAUUGACGUCUUGUACUCGGGCUCCCAGAAGGUCCUGAACUCGCCUCCAGGGACGUCCCUCAUCUCCUUCAGUGACAAGGCCAAGAGUAAGAUCUACGCUCGGAAGACGAAGCCCGUCUCCUUCUACCUGGACAUGAAGUGGCUGGCCAACAUCUGGGGCUGCGACGACCAGCCCAGGGUGUAUCAUCACACCACCCCCGUCAUCAGCCUGUACAGCCUGAGGGAGAGCCUGGCCCUCAUAGCGGAACAGGGUCUGGAGAACAGCUGGCGGCAGCACCGGGAGGCCACGGCAUAUCUGCAUGAGCGCCUGCAGGGGCUGGGUCUGCAGCUCUUCGUGAAGGAUCCCGCCGCCCGGCUGCCCACCGUCACCACCGUGGCCGCGCCCGCCGGCUACGACUGGAGAGACAUCGUCAACUAUGUCAUGGACCACUUCGACAUCGAGAUCACGGGCGGCCUUGGGCCCUCCGUGGGGAAGGUGCUUCGGAUCGGCCUGCUGGGCUGUAACGCCACCCGAGAGAACGUGGACCGCGUGACCCACGCCCUGCAGGAGGCCCUGCGGCACUGCCCCCGGCACAAGCUGUGACCUGGCCGCCUGCUGCUCCCCACCUGGAGGGGCCGGGAGCAAAGGACCCUGCUGGGGUGGGGGGGGCAGGACAGCUGCUGCCCCGGGCGGGCCAGGCUCGCGGGAGGGCGGGACGGCCGUGGCACCUCCCGCAAAUGGACCCUGUGGGCUCAGGACCCACGCGAGCCGCAGCCCUGCACAGCCCCCCCUGCCGCGAAUCCUCAAUAAAGAAUCCUCGG